CACUCCUCCCAGUGACACUUCCAGUCCUCCCUCUGGGCUAUCCAUUCAGACCAGUUAGACAAGAUGCCCCACGUGGUGACAGCUGGGAAGUCCCUGGCCAAACAGUGCCAGGCUGAGGGGAGAAGGAGCGGGGUGCCAAGGGCUGGGCACUGACCAAGCAGGGGUAGUGGAGGCAGACUGCAUGCCCAGAACCAAGACUGUCCCAGUCACUCCUCUGUCCCUGAGGCCUGGCUCCCAGGGAACUGGACUGGGAGUGGGCCUGAACUGUCAGCCUUUCCAGCCACCUGGGUGUCUGCACGUGCUCAGAGAUGACUUUCCCAAAGUAGAUUCCCUGGCGCUGGGACAGAACCUGAGGAUGGACGUUAUUGGCACACAGGGUGCCUCGUCUAACCUGGCUCUACAACAGGAAUCUGUCCAAGUUCCGGUGCACAGAUACAUGUGUACACUUUGGGGCAAAGGUGGCAAGCUCAGCAGGUUCUUGGAGGAUCCUGGGCACGCAGAAGGUGCAGCGGCCUUCUGCCAGUAUGCCCAGGGCAGAUCAAAGCUCAGCCCAGCAGACCUCAGGCUUACCAGUCUCCAUCGGCUACCCAUCUGGGCCGGCAACAGAGAGCAGUGCCUCCUGGAUGUCUCCCAAGGAGGAGCUCCGGCUGCGGGGCAAGGAAGGAGCCCCCUUCUCUGGAAGACUCCUCCACCAACUGCCAAGCCCAGCCACAGGCCGCGGGGCUAGCGUCACAGAGGCGGCGACAUCACAGGCACCGGCGCCCCUCACCCCACCCCACCGCACCCCCCGCAUCUCUCCCGCCCCCCACAGCCUGCCACCAAAGAGCGCACUGGAGGCGGAGGGGCAGCAGCCACCAGCCCGCUCCCCGCCUCCCGUACAGAGUCUCGGUGCCAAUGGAUUUCCCUGCUGUGGCAAAGAGUCGGUGGACAUUAUGGAUUCACAGGGUGACAUAAACCAAAACCAGUUCCAGCCAAUACAAGAGGAAGAUGACAUGGAGCUGGAGAACGAUUUGCUAGAGCCGGGGCUUCCCGAAGAAAAGCUCCCUCAAGUGGAGCCAGAACAGAAGCCCAAGCCCUUCCCACAGGAAGAGCCCAAGGCCAAACAGGAAGACCCCAAGCCCCAGGGGUACAUGGAAGAGUCCCCCCAACCCUAUGGAGACGGGCUAACGAAGCCAGACAUCAGACAGCUGAGCAUGAGGUCCAAUUCCAGCUACGUGAGUUCCAUGGACGAGGACUACCGCUCCGUCCACGUGCAGACCUCCAGGCACCUCUUCUGGGUAGACAGGCUCAUCCAGGUGUCAGAACACAACCUGCAACCUGUGAUCAGCACGCGGCCCGUCCAGAAGAGCACAAAAAAGACCACCAUAUGCCCUGCCCAACAGGCGGUCCCCAAGGACACUGAGAGCUCCAAGAAGCAGAGCCAGAACCCCAGCGCCCAGCAAGGCCCUCUAGACAAAGCCUCCCAGAAGACUCCAAGCCCUGAGCCGUCCUUCUGCACGCCCACCAUGGGCCUGGAAGAGCUGAUCAAUUUCGCAUCAACCCUGGCCAUGGCCUCCUCCAGCAGGAUGGACCUGCCCAGCUUGCAGCACAUGAUCAAGACCACACCCCAGAAGGCCAUGCCACCUCCCACAGAGCCUGCCGUGGAUCAUGCUGCCCAGCCCACCACGGACGAGCCAGAGCAGGGAAAACUCACGAAGGAUGAGAAGCCGCCAGAGGAACCAGGAGAAGCCAGGAAACCACAGGAUGCCCCAAAGCAAGAAGACGAUGACGUCCCUCACCCUUACCUUGACCUCAGAAAGCCAGGGUUCAAGAGGGCCACCAUUGAAGGGGAGCUGAAGUUUCUUCAGUCCCCGACCACGUCCCCUCAGCCAAAAGGAGCUGCAAAAGACUCGGUGCCGGGAACCAUGAAAGGGAAUCCAUUAUUCCUGAAAAUCCAUUUUAAGCUGUCAUCCCCCUCCUCCCCAGAGAAAUGACUAGACAAAACCAGUAAAGCCUCCAGUGCUGGC